AGGAAUAAAUUCGAGAUGCGAUUUAACUUUGAGAUUCAAAAACAAUCGUUUAGUGAAACCGAUAUCCAGAAAGCAUAUUAAAAUUAUUUAGGGGAACUUAUUAGUAAAUUAUCUAUUGAAAAUUAGAUGAUUUUUAGAAUUUAUAUGCAGAGAGAAAGAGAAUUAAAUUAGAAUUAGAGAGACGAUAAAGAGAGGAAGAUGAACUUAAAGGAUAGUAUAUAUAAUAAUUUAAUCAUUUAGUAAGUGGCCAGAACCUAGUCAAAAGAAAAAAUAAUUUCGAAAUUAAGCGUUAACAUAUGAUUAAAAAUUGUAAUAGAUUGAAGAAGAACGAAAUAAAGAGUAAAAAAUAUAAGACUGUUUUACAAAAGAAGCUAUAAGAUUAGAAUUAGAAAGACGAUUAUCUAUAUAAGAGUAUUAUUUGAAAGAAUAGAAGACUUAAGCUAGUAGAAAAAAAAUGUUUUAAGAAUUAAGAAAAAAAGCAGCUAUUGAAAAUAAAAAAGUAUCUUAAAAAUUAAAGAAUUAUCAUAAUAAUAUGAGUGAUUAACUAGAAGAAGGUUUAAGAAAAUCUAAAUCAUUUCAAGAAAAAAUGGAAGCUAGGUAAAUUUGAUUAUCAAAAUCUUAGGGAUAUUUUAAUAUAAAAAUAGAGAGCUAAAUAAGUAUCUGAAAUAGCUAAUAGAAAUAGAAAAUUAGAAGAAAAAAUAAGUCAUGUUAAGGAUGAUUUUGAAAAUAAAUUAGAAGAAGAAUUUUUUAAAAAAUAAUCAGAAAUGGAUUAAUCUUUUGAUUUUAGAUAAAUGACAGCUGAAUAAAUGGAAAAAAAUAAAAUAGAAAAAUAACUAUUAUUUGAAUAAAAACUUAAUUAAAUUAAUUAAAAAAUCAAAUAAGAUAGAGAAGAAAAACAAUUUGAAUUAUUUAAUAGAGUUGGAUAAAGGAUGGAAAAAGCAGAAAAAUAAUAAGAAUUACAUGAUAAACAUUUAUCUUAAUUGUAGUUUCAUAAAAAAAAAUAAAUAGAACAAAGAUUUUCAAGACAUAAAAAAAGAUAUUAAGAAUCUGAAGAACGUUAAUAAGAAAAAAUGGAAGAAUGGAAACUAAAAUUUAAUAGCAUUGAAGAAAGAAUUGAAAAAUUUAAAUCAAAAAAAAAUGAGGAAUAGAAAACAUUGAAAGAAUAGAGAUCUUUAAGUUUCAAAGAGCAUUUAGAAAAUAUGUAAUUUAAUCGAAAGAGCUAAGUUUUAUUUUAUUUCAUUAUAUUUUAGGAAAUAGAUUAGAUGAAAUAUGUUGAAAAACAUUAAUAUGUUUAAACUAAAUUAAAGAAGAACAAAGAAGAAUAAGAAUAAUUAAAAGCAUAUUUAAAUAUUUCAAAAUAAAAAUUUGAGAAAAAUAAUUUAAUCUAAUUUGGAGAAUUAGCUAACUUAAAAUAUUCAUCAUCUAUUUAUUUAUUGAAGUAUUAUUAAAUUAAAAAUAUUUAGUAAAUUGAAAGAUUUAGAAAACGAAGAUUAAUUUGCUGAUAUUUCUAUCAAAUUUAAUAAUGUUAUGAAAACGACUGACAAAAAAAGUAUGGAAUGA